CGGCGCCUUCGCCGCGCCCCCUAGCGGUCCGUCGGCCGGCCAGUCAGUCGCUCGCUCGGUCGAUUCGGCUCAGGCCAAGGGGGGCCCUCCCUUGCCGGUUGGACCGCAGUCGCGACGGCGGAGGAGGCCCCGAGCGCGCCGCCUCUCCGCCGCGCCGCCCCCGCGGCCUCGCAGGGCCGGAGCGUCCCCGGGUCGGGCCCGCCCCGCGCGUCUCCUUUCCCCUCACAACGCGACGCGCCCGCCUCCGCCGCCGCCAUGGACAUGAAGAAGCGCAUCCACCUGGAGCUGCGGAACCGGACCCCGCCGGACGUACAAGAGCUUGUUCUUGACAACUGCAGAUCAAAUGAAGGCAAAAUUGAGGGGCUGUCAGGAGAGUUUGUCAAUUUGGAGUUCCUCAGUUUAAUAAAUGUGGGGCUGACAUCCGUUUUGAAUCUCCCUAAGCUUCCCAAAUUGAAAAAGCUUGAACUUAGUGACAACAGAAUUUCUGGAGGUCUUGAUGUAUUAGCUGAGAAGCUUCCUAACCUCACACAUCUAAACCUCAGUGGAAAUAAGCUGAAGGAUAUCAGUACCUUGGAGCCAUUGAAAAAAUUGGAAUCUCUGAAAAGCCUUGAUCUGUUCAACUGUGAGGUCACCAAUCUGAACGACUACCGAGAGAGCGUCUUCAAGCUUCUCCCUCAGCUCACCUACCUGGAUGGGUAUGAUCAGGAGGACAAAGAGGCUUCUGACUCAGAUGCUGAAGUCGAUGGCGUUGAUGAGGAAGAUGAGGAAGAUGAGGAGGAAGUCGAAGAAGAAGAUGAAGAUGAGGAGGAGGAGGAAGAGGAGGAGGAGGAAGAAUUUGAUGAGGAAGAUGAGGAGGAGGAUGAAGAAGAAGAAAUAGAAGAUGAGAUCAGUGGAGAGGAGGAAGGGAUUGGCCAUGACGGGGGAGAGGAGGAGGAAGAUGAAGAAGAAGAUGAAGAAGAUAGCGGGAAAGGUGAAAAGAGGAAAAGAGAAGCAGACGAUGAAGGGGACGAAGACGAUGACUAAGGCCUCACAUGCCCUCAAAGAACUGUUCAGUAUUGCUUGGGCCACCCCUUGGAUGAUCUGUGACUGAGGAGCACGUGAGGCACAUCGGUAGUUGUCUAACAAGCCCCCCUCCCCCCAGGUGCAGCACCUAAAGAGCCAAAGAGUCGGCCAUUCCUGUGACAUUCCACAUACCCUGCAGCUGACCUCUCUCCAGGUGGUUACAGAUCUAGCCUCUCCUGGGCUAGCACCAUCCCUUAUCCUCUUGGGGUUCCCAGCCUUCAUCUCCCACUGUUGCCAUAGCGAGAAGAGCGAGUGUGAUGGGUCAGUCAGUCCUGGUUGUCAGGGGCUACACACUACUGUACUGACGGUAGUCCCUUUUAACUUUCUGUGGGAUGAGGCUUUGUAAAUAAGAGUCCUAAUGUUUUGGGGACUGUUUCUUCAUGCUUUGCUUUCCCUGCCUCCCUCUUCCUUUUCUAAGACGUUGGAUAUUUUUUACAUUAGGAUGUUUUAUGCAACAACAGAAAAGUAUUUUUAAGAACUUGAAAGAAAUAAACGUUAUUUGGUAAA